AUGGCGCGUGCAGACCAAGAAGGCAAACCUGCUUUUCUCAUGGAAGCACGACCCGAGGAUGGUUCACUGUCGAACCUGAGCUCCGAUCGAGGCACGUCGUCAUCUCAAGGCCCUAAAUACACCCGAAGAGCUCGACAACUCUCGUCCCUGAGUGCUCUUGGUGAGAGCAUCCUGGACCUCCUCGUGGCGAUAAUUUGCGGCUACUUCAUCGUCUUCGCUGCGCUAGUCUACUCCAGGCGCGACGAACCUCUCGACCGCUCGGGUAACCAAGAGUUGCUGGAUGCUGCCAAAUAUGUGAGUGUGGCUUUGCUAUUUCUCUCUUUACCUUGGUCAUCUAUUCCGGCAGGUGCACAUAUCAGGAACAGCUCAUUAUCCUCGUCCUUGACCGCCUGUUCUAGACUUGUCAUUGGUGCGGCCCGCUUCAAGUGCUACAAUGCUAACGAGGAGACCCAGAAUCCAACCAUCUUUCCAAUCCUGUUUGCUGGUGUUAUUGGGAAGUUUCUGAAGGCGGUCGCAGCCAUCAAGCUGGAAAAUGGUACUUCUGUACUGUCGCUGGAAUAUCUUCUUCAGAGCCGUACGGUCUUGAGCACCGUCACAGCGCCACUCAUCCUGAAGACUGUCAAUUUGCUGACGCCCCUUCUCUUCGUCCUUUGGGCGCUCUCACCGUUAGGUGGCCAAGCCGGGCUCCGAGCAAUAUCUACCAAGGAUGCCUUCACAAACACCACCAAUAACUUCACGUAUCUGGCUUAUGUAUCACCUUUCACCAAUGCAGGCGUCAAUUCAGCAUCAGCCGAGCCACUUGUCCCAAUCAACGCUAUCUUCACCUCUGCGCUCAUAGGGUCGGCCAAGGCCAAAUCGCUCGCCCAGGAUCAGUACGGAAACGUCAAAGUGCCCCUUUAUGAAAGCCUGCCCCCGGCGACGUCGGACAGCUCGCGAGGCUGGAGGUCGGUUCCUGACAAUGGCGACUAUCAGUGGAGUUCCCUUACUGGGCUUCCGAUCCACGGUGUCCCGUCCGCUGGUGUGUCAACAUUCAAUCUGGAAACCGGGUACAUGGUCACGACGUGCAAUGUGUCCGGUCACGACUGGUCUGAUGGAUACAGGCAAGGCCUUAUGAAUCAAUCAUUGUGGAGUGGUGCGAAUUAUGCCUUCACCAUGGGCACCGGCAGUCCUUUUACACAAUACAACUUCAGCUUCCUGUCUCUCGAUCUCCUUGACGGUGGUUCAACCGUUUCCACCGACAAGAUCCUUACCAUCGCAAAUUGCACAGUCACGAUGCGCUACGUGGAAGUCCAGAUCAAAUGCAACGGCCAGACCUGCGAGAGCGUCGCUGUUCGGCCGUCCAACAAUCCCGCCAACCACACUGAAGGGCCUGGAGUGACCAGCCUCGACGAAGCCCAUUACACACCGAUCAAUGGCCUCGGCCAACAGGGCACAAUGUACAUGUCAUUCCUCGCCGACUUGACCAAUGCGACGAACCCAACCGUGGGGUGUGACACUACAUUCUGUCCUCCGAGUGUGGUCGAAGCAUACCUUGCUGAUCCGGCAAACACGGUGUUGCAGACUGCGACCACCAAGCUGUGGAAGCUGGGAGAUGAGCUGAUCUCCCAACGGUUCACGCAACUGUUCAACACUUACUGGAUCGAUAGUAUCGCGCCUGCGCCAGUCUCAGGCAACUUCAGCCUGGAAUUCAGUGACUUUGGAACCACGCAACAGUACAAUACGGAUAGCACGCUCGGCACAAUCACCACCAGCCAGCGAGUCAUCAAGUGCGAUUACAAAUGGCUUGCAAUCCUGCUGGUCUGUUCCCUGGUAUUGUUCGUUAUUGGCCUCGCGACGGUAGUUCUAACUGCUUUGCGACGUGGGCCCGAUGUGCUGGACAGGUUCAGUCCCCUGUUGAGGUAUAGUCGAUUCGCAAACAUCCCCCACAAGUCAUCGAUGGAGGACGCUACGGAGCAGUCGAGGCGGCUGCGGAAUAUGACGGUCCGCCUGGGUGACAUCCGUCCCGAGGAUGAUGUUGGCUAUAUUGCGAUAGCAGUGCUCGAUGGGACGCACCCCGUGCAGAAGUUGAGUAAGAGAAGGACAUACGCAUGA